AUGAUAGUUGAAAAUAAAACUAAGACUAGCGAAACAUUUGAUGUUAUAUAUGAAGAAGUCAAAUUAGAAGAUUUUGAAUUUGAAGAACAUACCAAAACAUUUUUUUAUCCAUGUCCAUGUGGUGAUAUUUUCGAAACAACAUUAGAGAAACUUUUAAAUGGCGAAGAUAUUUUAAUAUGUCCUAGUUGCUCAUUAACCAUUAAAAUAAUAUAUAAUUUAACAGAUUUAAAUAAAUAUUCAUAA